GCGUGGCAGCAGGCGAUGAACGGAUGGCUUGCAGAGCGUGAAGUCCGUCCCUGAAGAGGUUGUUGUCCCGGUGGCGGGUCAUUGCUCCGUCAUCCAUCGAUUGCGGUAGGGAUGACUUGUGUUGUAUGCCAAUUUGACCGUCAGCACGAGUUUUUGUCUCCUUCAUUGGCUGGUAGAGCAGUGGAAAGGUGGGGGAGCGCGAUGAGACCGAUUUGAGGGGCGGUGGCGCUCCGGGACCACACACACACAUGGCGGGAGGAGAGCGCUUCCAGCAACGCCUUCUUUCCCUGUCUAUAGUGGUUGUGUAACUCGACCUUUAUCCUUCGUCGCUCUCGCCGUUUCCGGUCGCUUCCUACGUCCGAAUUAAUCGUGUCUGUCUCGGCGCGCCAACCUCAACACUGGUCACGGUGGUUAUUGCCUUCAACAGUAUCUUUAGCAAGAGUUGAGCUUGCUUGGCGGAUCUUUGAUUCGGUGUUGAUGGGACUGCGGCUGUCCGUGGCUGUUGUUUUUCUCUAGGGUAACUGACGAGAGUUCGGGAGGAGGGGGGGAAUGAGCGAGGGGAGGGGUGCGAGAGGGAAAGAAAGGUGGGAGAUAUGUAUCGGGAUCGGUGUUGCUUUCUCCCCUCGCUCUUCUGUCUGCCUUUCUUCCGAGAGAACAGAGGCGGAGGAGCUGUGUGAGCGUGUGUGGCUCAGGCCAGCCAGUUAUGUCUGGCAAGGAAGGUGUUUCGGGGACCGAAGCCUGACGGUUUCUUAGUAACCCGAGCGGGCAACUUCCGAGAAGGGGAAGGAGGCGUUCUGUUAUAGCGCGGGAAAAGGGUCUCAGACUUGACAGUCUUGAUAGAGAGGAAGUGGAAAGAGGAGGAAGGGCAGGUGGAAGAAGAUGACUGCAAUGGGUGAAGAGAGUCUGUCUACCCAGGGGGAUUCUCAGGUCGUGUAUCGCUCGGCCGAGCGCCAUGCCGCUGUUGGCCGCAAGGGAAAGCAGGCUUCGUCGCCAGUGCAGAAGCAUCGCCCUCUCGCUAGCGAUGUGUUUCCCUUGCCCAUAUGGCUGACAAACAGGUUCUUUAUGGUCUUGUUCUUUGCGGCGUCGUACUAUCUUCUGCGACGGUGGCGCGAGAAAAUCCGAACUUCGUCACCUUUCCAUCUGCUGAACAUGGCGGAGGUGGCUGCGCUUGUAGCCCAGCUUGCGUCCUUCAUUUACCUGAUUGGCUUCUUCGGCAUCGAGUAUGUGCAGACGGUGGUGGCGAGCCGGAACCUCGACGGCGCAGGGUCCGAUUUUGACGAGGACGUUGCCGGCUCUCCCAUUCUGUUGAGUGAUAGCAGUGGUGAUGGCGUUGGCGGCGACGAUGGUGUUUUGAGGAAGAGGAGGAGGGGGUUCUUUGAUUCCUCUUGCAAUUCCCCGGCACCUGCGUCUGGGAAGAUGGCGUCGUCGUUGACUAUGCCUCGGUUCGUCGCGCAGCCUGCUGAUGGAGUCGUCGUCGAUGGUCGGCUGCGAAGAUCUAUCAAGGAUGAGGAGGACGAUGCCGUGGCUGCCGCGGUGUUUAACGGUGAAAUCCCGUCUCAUUCCCUGGAGGCGGUGUUGGAGAACUGCGAGCGCGCCGUGAGAGUGCGGCGGCGGGUGACGGAAAUCCAUUCGGGUCGAUCACUGUCUGAGCUCGCGCUGUCGGGACUGGAUUAUGCCAGCGUGCAGGGGCAGUGCUGCGAGAUGGUCAUUGGCCACGUGCCAAUCCCGGUCGGGGUAGCGGGCCCGCUUCUUUUGGACGGGGCCGAGGUGUGGAUCCCCAUGGCGACGACGGAGGGCUGCCUUGUCGCCAGCACCAAUCGAGGCUGCAAGGCGGUUUCUCAGUCGGGAGGCACGCAGACGGUGCUUUUGCGCGACGGCAUGACUCGCGCUCCGGUUGUGCGCUUCGUCUCCGCGGCCAGGGCGGCCGAACUGAAGAGAUACCUCGAAGAUUCCGUCAACUUCGAGACGAUCGCCAGAGUCUUCAGUCAGACUAGCCGCUUCGCUCGGUUGUUAGACAUACAAGUGGCGAUCGCCGGCCGAAGCGCGUUCUUGCGUUUCGAGUGCAGCACCGGCGAUGCCAUGGGAAUGAAUAUGGUCUCGAAAGGCGUCCAGCAGGUGCUGGGGUUCCUCAGUAAUGGACACUUCCCAGACAUGGAGGUUUGCGGCUUAUCUGGCAACUAUUGCUCCGACAAGAAGGCUACAGCAGUCAAUUGGAUCCAAGGGCGGGGGAAGUCCGUGGUGUGCGAGGCCAUGAUUAGAGGAGAGGUUGUGCGCAAGGUGCUCAAAACGUCCGUCCAGGCCAUGGUAGAACUCAAUACGCUGAAGAACCUCGUCGGGUCGGCGAUGGCCGGAGCUCUGGGCGGUUUCAAUGCCCACGCGGCAAAUAUUGUUAGCGCCGUGUUCAUCGCGACGGGCCAAGAUCCAGCUCAGAACGUGGAGAGCUCAUCCUGCAUCACUGUGAUGGAAGGUGCCAAUGAUGAUCAGGAUCUGUACGUCUCCGUCACGAUGCCUUCAAUCGAGGUUGGAACAGUAGGGGGGGGAACCGCGUUAGCCUCCCAGUCGGCGAAUCUCAACCUUUUGGGAGUAAGAGGGGCUGACAUGGACUGCCCUGGAGCCAAUGCAAGAAGGUUGGCGCGGAUCGUGGCGGGGGCGGUGCUCGCUGGUGAACUAUCCCUGAUGGCUGCUCUCGCCGCCGGACAUCUUGUGAAGAGUCACCUCAAGUACAACCGUUCUUCUCCUUCAUUCGUUAUUCCCUCGGUGGCGUCUGCCGCCUCCUCUUUCCAGUCUUUUCCCUGUGUAUCUUCAGCACUCUCACAUGGGGGAUCACGAGCUGAGCACGGGCAAGAGGAACAAAGUGGUGGGACGGCGGUUAAGCUCUCCUCGUCCGAGUCUGAGCUGGUUGAAUCUUGCCUCGUCAAUCGGUGAUCCCCCAUCCAUGGGGAACGCACGAAAUCAGCGCCUUCCUGUUCCUCGCUGCCGCUGACCGGGUUCGCAGUGCUUCCCGUCACUCGAUGUCUAUCGUUCCUCCCUGGGUUCAAUGGAUGUAGGAUUACAUGGCAGCCUUCUGCCUCUUGUUCCUCUGUUGUCGCCGUCUCUGUUGACUGACUCCGUGGCCAGUGCCCCUACUCACUGUGUCGGUCACUUUUCGUGGUUUCUAUUCCGCCAGCCGCCCUUUCUGUUUGGCUGUGUUCUUUGUUUUUUCUGCGUCCGUUUGGGUUCUGGGUCUCGUCAUCGAAGUCUCGAGACGCGGACUGCGACUUCCGUCGGUCUGUAUCACCAAUUGUACGUGCAGUUCGCUUCCUCUCUCUCCCUCUCUCUCCCUUUCUCUCUCUCCCUCUCUCCCUUUCUCCCUCUCGUUUCUCCCCUUCCCCACGUCUCUCUCUUGUUUUUUGUGCGGUUCUCUCGUCCAAUUGCGGGCCCCCGCACUUCGCUGGUGGGCUCUCUGUGUUAGCGAACUCCAUCCGGUUGUGCAUCUUUUGCAGUGGUGGGGGAUGAGUGCGGGAAUAAAGCUGGAGUCGCAAUCAGAGGAACCAGAAGAGGGGCAUGCCGAACUAGCGAGCUGGUGCGAUUGUGGAUCUGCUAGAGAGAGAGAGAGAGAGAGGCAGUCCGUGUACAUUGUUGUGGGACGAUUAUAACUACUUUGUAAAGUGUUCUUGUUUGGUCAGCCGUUUGGCUGAACGUAGUUUUGAGUGGAAGAAGCGGGAGGAAGCUCUGAUCACAUCACGUCUGUGAGCCAGUGGUCGCGGUUAUUCCAGUUCUCCUGCCGAGCACGAUGUCAUGGGGGUCUCGUCUAUCCGUAGCCUCAUACGUAAUUAUUGAGGUGCUGGAAUUGUGCUUGGUAUUUCCAUUCAGUCCGUUCAUUUUAAAUUCACUUCCCGAUUUAUGCGUGCGUGUGCUGUGAGCUGUGGGCUUUGAGAGUCGAUACAUGUGGCCGUCUUAUCAAGUUAGUUUUGGACGUGGAUUCUGUGUGUGGCGUGCGAUAAUUGCUUUGUUGCUCUCCUGGGCCAAUCAUAUGUGUUAAUCUGAUGAUCGUUAGCGACCUCAGUUUCCAUCACCGCUCUAAGCAGGUGUCCGUCACUGACGCUUGUGUGGAUGCUCUGCUGAUUACCUUUCUUCUCGUCAUUGGUUGGUCUCUGGUGGGCGCCUUUUGUGAAAGAGCAUGCCUGAUUAUCUUUCGAUACGUCAUGCGCAUUGUUUCGUUCUAAAAAUGGAUGGGCGGGUGAAAAAGCAGGGUAGGUAUUUUGUUAGCGAGACCGUCAACGAGUCUUCUUCACGACCGCGGCUCAGGCAGCCGCACUUUGAAUUUAUGUUACUUGCAAAUACUAAAACGUGUUAGUAACCCACCAGGCGUUGGUUGGUGUCUGGGGAUCAAAACUCUGAUCUGAGGCGGCAGGGGAGAAACCGUGUUCGCGAGGGCAACAGAUGAACGGCCUUCCCAUCUGGUGCCGCUCCCGGCAUUCAGCAGGUGUCUCCGCCGAACAAAAUGCGAUGAUGAUGAUGAUGAUGAUGACGAUGAUGAUGCGCCUACGUCAAUUAGGAGAGGCAAAUGUAUCUUUUGGUGGAUGGUAGAAAUUCAACGAAGAAGAACAGUUACCGAGCCGCCUAGUUGUUGGACCCAAUAGAACGCCCUGUCCGAAUAGCUAUAUAUCUAUAGACUGGAAGUUGCCUAAUUACGGCUGUAAUGACCGGGAAUUCUAUUGGGAUGAAGACGUUUAUCUUGUCGGAACAUCUUGAAUGUCCUCUAGAUAUGAUUGAGCUUUCAGAAGGUCACCCACCAUAGGCUUUGAAUUGUUUCUUCACCAACUGGACAUACGAACGUAUGACUCCUGAUUGGCCGACUGGCAGUUGUUGCGAAGUGUUUUGUCUAGCAGGUUGUUGACAACAACAAAAGACUCUUUCAGCGGAUGGACGGAAGACUUCCGGGGUUUGUCGACCGACCUGUCAAUGUUGCGGUUAAGAUUGACCUAACAACUGCAAGUCGGAAACGAUGAAGGAGGGCGUAGGAGGUAUUAAUGAGUCUUGUGAAUGUGGUACUGACACCUUAAGAACAAUCUCGAAGUUAAAAAGGAAGAAAGGAAGAGGAGAACGACAACGGUAAACGAUGCCGCCACUGUCGAAUCAGACCUUGACGUGCCAGAGCGUAUCAUCAUAUCACCACUCUUGCGUCAUAUCCGUCGGCGUUUGCUCCAAGCCGCUGUUGGUGUUUGACUUGCUUGGGCAGUAGCAGAGUCGGUUGGAGAUCUGCGGCAAUCCCCUACUCUCUCUCUCUCUCUACAUAUAUAUAUAGAUAUAUAUGUCGAUAUGUAUUCAUAUGUAUUCUGUAUUCGUAUGUAUUCAUAUAUGUCGAUAUGUAUUCGUAUGUAUUCAUGUAUUCAUAUAUCCAUCAUUCCACAUUUUCUUGUGUUGCUCAUUCUUGGCCGUUGCUGGGGUGUUUCGUUUUGCGGGUCUACUGAAUUGUUCCGUUUUUUUGACUAUGGAUAUGGUAUAUUUGUUGUGGUAAUCUUGUCUGCAUCCCGGUUGGUUUUGUCCCGUUAUUCGGUCUAAGCAGGUAGCGGUGCUUUAUGUGGGAUCAGUCAUCCGUUUUUUUUAUUGUCUUGGCAUCCUAGUUGGUUGUUUCCCGUUGUUCGGCCUUUUGGAACGCGGGGCAGUGCUUGUAUGUGGGAAUCAUCAUCCGGGAUUGUCUUUCAUACGGGUUCUCGGGGUUCUUUUUAUUUCUUUGCAGAAAGAAUGUUUUGACAUCCUGGUUGGUCUUGUCCCGUCGUUUGGCCUGUGGGCAGGGGUGGUGCUUGCAUGUGGGACUUGUCAUCUGGGAUCUGUUUUGUUGCCCCCUGUUCUGUAUUAUUUGGCUGUUCCCUUCCUCUUUUCUUUGCCUCUGUGCCUUCUGGCUGUGUGCAAGUGGGUCGAUAUGAUACACGGGGGUGGGGGCAGCCGCCGCUCAACCUACAUCCACGUGGGCGGCCUUGUACGCGAGAGGUUCUGAACAGGGGGAGUUAUAAGGAAGAAGAUAAAAAACUGAAUUCAUUUUUUCCUGUUUUUCUUUUUUUCUUUUUUUCUUUUUUUCUUUGUUUCUUUGUUUUGCGUUUGGGCUCUGAUACUCUUGUGACUAUAUAUGCAUUUAUAUGUAUUCUGUAUUCAUAUGUACUCAUAUAUGUCCAUAUGUAUUCAUAUGCAUUCAUGUAGUCGUAUAUGCAUAUAUUCAUACAUUUAUAUGCCUACGGUUUACCGGGCAGCUCUGUUUGACUAUAUAUAUAUUCGAGGAUAAAUGUAUGCAACUCGGCGGGUAGCUGAUUCGGCAGAUCUGUGGCAAUCGCGCACUUCUUACCAUGAAGAAGAAAGUCGUGUAGGUCAACGCAUGAGUUCGCCGCGUCACUUUUGACCUAAUAAUAUUUGCUGAGACCUGAUUCCCGGCUAUCUUGUACGGCAGAAGUUCGUCAUCCAUAAAUCCAAGAAUUUCACCUCUUACAAUGGAAUACGAAUGCCCCCAACCGUCUCUAUUAAUCAUUACUCCAAUCCCGAAGACCAACGAAAUAGGACCAGAGUCCUAUCGCGUUAUUCCAUGCUAAUAUGUUCAGAGCACAGGCCUGCUUUGAACACUCUAAUUUUUUCAAAGUAACAGCGCCGGCUCUGGAUCCCAGCCAAUAAAGGCAAGGAACGCAUACCCGGCAAGAAAGGCGAAAGGGCCGGUGCACGCCCGCAAGAGCGGAUCAACCCCUCCCACCUAAAAUCCAACUACGAGCUUUUUAACWGCAACAACUUAAAUAUACGCUAUUGGAGCUGGAAUUACCGCGGCUGCUGGCACCAGACUUGCCCUCCAAUGGAUCCUCGUUCAAGGAGUUUACGACUGUUCUCAUUCCAAUUACCGGACUCGAAAGAGCCCAGUAUUGUUAUUUAUUGUCACUACCUCCCUAUGUCAGGAUUGGGUAAUGUACGCGCCUGCUGCCUUCCUUGGAUGUGGUAGCCAUCACUCAGGCUCCCUCUCCGAAAUCGAACCCUAAUUCUCCGUCACCCGUUACCACCAUGGUAGGCCUCUAUCCUACCAUCGAAAGUGGAUAGGGCAGAAAUUUGAAUGGAACAUCGCCGGCUCAAAGGCCAUGCGAUUCGACAAGUCACCAUGAUUCGCCGCAACAACGGGCAAGCCCGGAUCGGCCUUUUAUCCAAUAAAUACAUCCCUUCCAG